UUAGUGAUCUCAAUCGGCUCAUACACAAAAAUUUUUCUCACUCUCAUUUAUCGUCAGGCACAAGUACAAGAUCAUUUUCAGGCGAUUCAGAAAGGCGGUAUACAGCAUUUUCAUUCUGUCAAUCGUCACUGGAGGGUAAGCAGUAACCUUACUUUACUUCAACUCAACUUUGAAUCUGUUUCUUUAAUGUUGGAGGAUUAGUGAAGUGGGACAAGCAGUAAAAGAGACAAUCAGACAAGCACUUUGCUGUCUUUGGAGUUACAAUCCCCAUUGAGUUAUUCUCGCACUAACUCUUUCAAAGCUGACUUCCCACUUCACGGCUGUUAGCAAAGAACGUUCACCGGAAUGUUGAACAUAUGAAUCGAAACACUAACCUUGUCCUAUGAGUGGUAUUUCAUUGGCAAUGAACAGUUUUCAAAUUGAUUAGCUCAUUAGUAAAGAGCACUUGGGCCCUUCGUACUAGCACUUUUUCGUCGGGCGAGAAACGAAACUUUGUCAAAAACAAAGUUAAACUCAAGUAUUUAACAACUAUUCAGAGAAGUGGAGGUGAAUAGACAAACAAUGGCGUCCAUUUGGCGCGAAAAUACCCACAGAGAUCUUUCCGCUGACAUUACUACUCCGAGAUACGAACAGUUUCCGAGAGCGAACUGUGCAAACUGUGAGCUUCGAGAAACAGAUGAUAGACGAGUAAAUUUUCGCGCCAAAUGGAGGCUAGAGUACUAUAAAGUACUUUUUACCAUUUAAGAACUGAUAUGUUCGCCCUCUUUGGAUGGUGGAUUGCAACAGCAAUCGAUUCAUCUCGAAAUAAUAAACAUCUUCCUCUCCGUCACGGCAACUCUCGGGAAUUCUCUUAUCCUUGUUGCCCUUUGCAAAGAAUCUUCCAUUCAUCUACCGUUCAAACCGUUUUACUGUUGUCUGACAACGACUGAUCUUUUGGUUAGUCUCGUUAGCCAGGCUCUCUAUGUUAUUUAUUGGAUAUCCUUAGUUUACAGAAACUGGAAUCUUUGUCGAUAGACAAACGACGCAGGCUACUAAACCAGCUAUGCAUUUUGUUCGGUGUUUCUGAUGACAAUGACGGCCAUUAGCGUAGACAGACUUUUCGCGCUGUUGCUAGGGCUGAGGUACAAACAAAUCGUAACUCUGAAGCGCACUAAUAUUUCUUUUGCUGGCGUUCGGGAUUUAUCAGGAGUCCCUGCCUUAUGCUAUAUUUCAGAUUACCUUUUAACUCUUUGGUUUGGAUAUAUAGGUGUUAGAUUUUCUGCUCAUUCCGUCAUCAUAGCGCCCUAGCACAUACAAGAUCUGAUAGAUCUACGGUCGAGUCAUCCAAACCUACUGGAAAUUUCGCGAUACAGAAAGGCGGUGUACCGUGCACUGUGGGUGCAGUUAGCAUUAGCUGUUUGUUAUCUACCAUUUAAUAUAUUGAUUGUGGUGGCCUGGAAGACAUUUUCGUCGCAUAUAGUCGUCACCAGAGAAAUAGCAAUCCCUUACUUUACUUUUCUUCAACUUGACGUUAAAUCCGUUCCUUUACCGCUGGAAGAUUUUUGA